AUGCUUCCAAGCGCGUCCGUGCCUUCGCCCCGCGCGAGGAUCAUCGUCAUCGCUCAGCAGUCGUCGCGUCAGGCUCCCUUCGCCGCCGCCGGCACCUGCCUGGUGAGAUCUCGGCGGAGCCAGCAGCCAUGUCGGGCGUUUCGCUUCGGGCCCUGGUCGUCGCGCGCCGACUGCGGUGCGCAGCGUGACGCCCGACGCCGCCACCAGGGCAUGCGCUACAAGUACAUGGAAUCUCUAAACCGCAACUUGUCGUGGGAGAACAGCCCCCGCCCCGAUGAUGCCGAGGCCGCCAUGAAGAGCAUCCUGACCCGCGGACUCGCCCGCCGGGCCACCCUCAGCGGCAGGUAUUGCGACGCCGAUUCGGUCAAGUCUUGGUCCGACGAUCUGUCUGGGCUGCGCCCCGGAAGAAACAUUGAGGACGUCGAGCGCGAGGCCAUCGAUCACCUGUUUGGCUCCAACAAAGCUCGGGCCAAGCACGGUGAUCCGUGGAUGCCCCUGCAGAACCUCCGCAGUUUUCUCCACUCGCAACGGCCCCCGGUCGACGUCACGCCAGAGUCCGUCCUGCACGCUACCACCACUGCGGGGGACCACGAUAGUGGCAUCGACCCCAUCACGAACCGCAAGAGGGCCGCCACAGAGGAGACGCCUGAGACAUAUAAUGACUUGUCGGGCUACUCGUCUGCUCCUCUCGAUGACCCCAACGCCCCGCAGAAGCUUACCCCGGAGGAGCUGUCCAAGAAGUACAAGGAUCUGGACAAGUACAAGCCGGUUAGCUGGAAUGAGCCAGAUGGCCUGCGCAAAACGACCCGCGAGGAGGACUCCAAGAACUACAAGGAUCUCGACAAGUACUCGAAUGUCAAAAUCGACGAUCCAAAUGCAAAGCAGCCACUGAGUCCUGAGGAAAAGUCCAAGGAAUACGACGAUCUCGACAAGUACAAGCCCGUCUCUUGGAAUGAGCCGGACGGUCUGCGAAAAGAAACACCCGAGGAGCGCUCGAAGCAUUACGAUGACCUUCACAAGUAUGGCCCGGUGCGCUGGAAUGAGCCAGAUGGACUGCGCAAGCUCACGCCCGAGGAACUCUCCAAGAACUACAGUGACCUCCAGAGCUACGGCCCUGUGGCAUGGAACGAGCCCGACGGUCUACGUAGACUGACCCCAGAAGAGGAGUCGAAAAAGUACACCGACCUUGCCGACUACAAGGAGGGUUUCGUCGCGAGCGACUCGAUCCUGCAAGCCCAUGAGGCAAGUCAGCAAGACACCACACCGAAAGCAGAACCGCUCGCCCCCAAGGUGGAGGUGCCUUUUGAAGACCCCAGCAAGCAAUACGACGACCUGCACAAGUAUGGACCGGUGCGCUGGAACGAACCGGAUGGGCUGAGGAAGCUCACUCCCGAGGAGCUCUCCAAGAAUUACGAGGAUCUGCACAAGUACUCUCAAUACGACAACAGCGGCCCAGCCACGCCCCGCAUCCACCCUGAGGAGGCAUCCAAACAGUACGAGGACCUGCCCAAGUACCGGGCCUUCCCCAACGCUGGUCCUGAAACGGAGCGCAUCCAUCCCGAGCUGGCUUCGAAGCAGUACAAAGACCUCUCGAAGUACCCGGCGGCCGGCUACGAGGAACCGAGCAGGAAGACGCAUGUUCAUCCGGAAGAGCUCACGAAGCAUUACGAGGAUCUCGACAAGUAUAGGCCACGCAAGUUUGACUCCCCUAGCCGAAGGUACCCCAUCCAUCCAGAGGAGGCAACCAAAUUCUAUGCCGACUUAACACAGUACAAGCCUGUGAUGCACAACGAGCCGGACGGAAAACCUGCAGCUGCGCCGGACGUCGUUGCAAACGGCUUGAAGGCUUUCGACUCGAUUGGAUCAAGGCCAUCCGCGUCUGGAAGUUCUGCCGAUGGGUCUGGUGCGACAGGAGACGAUCCGCUGGGCUCCAGGACAGCCGACCAGAUUCGAGCCGAGGUUCUCCGCAAGGUUCGCGACAGCAGCCAGAAGGGCAAGUUGGAAAGGGCCAAGUCUGAGCUUGAGCUCAACUGGGACGCCGAGUCCAAGGUUGCGCAAGACACAGUCGGUCGCCUCAAGAAGAAGACUGAGCCGGUUUUGACUGGCAACUAUGUGCGCGACUUUCCCGAAGAGUUUGCGUCAUCAUGGAGCACAACCAACUCUCGCUCAAAGUCGACUUUGUAUCCAAACAAUCGCAGCGAAGACGGCCGGGAAGCAGCCGCACGUGUUACCGAUCAGACCGUUGAGAGUGAGGACACGGAGUUCAGCUCAAUGGACGAGAGCUUCCCCCAAGAGACUUCCAAGUUAGAGCCUGCUCUGAACCAGGGCGCCACUCGACGAAGGGCCAAGUUUGCUAGCCCUCGGGGUCUGGCGGGCCACGAGGAUCAUUACUGCAAGUUGCCUCGGGGUCUGCAGACGAGCUACGCGGAAGAGUGCAAUGGAAAGCCCACAUGGCCAACAUUUGUCAAACACCACAAGGCCAAGGCGCCAAAGGAAACCCUCAAUGCGUCCAUGGACCAGGCCGAAGCGGAGCGCCCAGCCCUGUACAAGAUCCUGGCGUAUGACCCAACGACGCAAGCCAUCACCAUUGCCGAGACAACAUCUGGUGUCCACGAAACGACUUCGUCCGAAUCGCCCGCUGCGGUCCUUUUGCGCCUGUCCAACCCUUCCAAGUUUCUCCCACACUUCGCGCCACUUCAGUCGCAAGGGUAUGAGAUCGUGUCUGGAAGUGGCGACAUGCUCGUUUUUCGAAAGGUCCGGCCGGGUUCGCCUGAAUCAACGCUGGCGCAGGCCAUGGGGGCCCCGGUCAACCCCAUCGACAUGAUGGGCAAGCCGGUGACGGGUAACUUUGCCAGCCCGACGGGCUUUGUCAACUACGACGGGGUUGCCGGCGAGGGGGCCAAGCCGUCGCCUCCGCUGAGCGAGGAGACGUAUACUGGUGGAAGGAAGUAUCGAGGAAAGAAGAAGCGAAGCCUCGGCAGGAAGGUGGUUGUGGGCACUGUCUGGGUGGCCGGUAUUGCAUACGCCGUGGGUGUUUUGGGCGAGUACUUCUCGACGGGAGGGCUGGAUGGCCUCGGCCCGAAGGGUCUGUGA